AUGUUGACUUGUGCAGGUGUUGUAGUAUUGACUUGUGGAAUAGUUGAGUUGGUGGUGUUGACUUGUGCAGGUGUUGAAAUAUUGACUUGUGGAAUAGUCACUGUGCUGUUGACUUGUGCAGGUGUUGUUGUGUUGACUGAUGGAGUAGUUGCGGAGGUGUUGACUGAUGGAAUAUUUGUGGAGAUGUUGACUGAUGGAAUAGUUGUGGAGGUGUUGACUGAUGGAAUAGUUGUGGAGGUGUUGACUUGUGCUGGCACUGUAGUACUGAUCAGUGGAAUAAUUGUGGUGGUGUUGACUUGUGCAGGUGUUGUAGCAUUGUUUGUUUGGAUAGUCAUGGUGGUGUUUGUGUUGAUGAGAGUUGUAGUGUUGACUGGAAGUAUGGAAAUUGUUAUAUUUGUUCCAUUAGUUGUGGCUACAUUCAUAGAUGCAGUUGUUGUCAUGUUCAUGGAUGUAAUGGUUAUAUUGCUUGUUGUCAGGUUUGACUGA